ACAGAAUAGAAAGGGGUGGCGGGACACUGGGCGGACGGGGUACGAUAGAAAGGACCAGUGGUUGUAACUCUGUGUAAAUCCGGCAACUUGAGGUUGUCCCACUCCUCUGGGAGGUGGCGCAGGUUUCUGCAGAAAAGACACCUCUGGGGGAGAGUUCGGCCCCGCCUGCACCGGCCCGUCGCCUGAGCUCUGUCAUUCGAUGAACCCCAGGCCCUCCGUCCUCCCUGAGUUGGGCGGCACAGGUGGACUCACCAUGAAAUGCGCCGCAUCUGCGGGACCAGCGCUCGCCACAGGCACCUCCACUGCGGUUUAUACUGAGCAACUAAAAUUAAAUGAGGGCGUUAUGUGCGAGUGUGCUGGAGGGUUGUAGGGUCCACCCCGUCCAUUAUUGCGUUGCCUGCCGUUUGCUUUUUGCUCGCCACCCCUUUGGAAGUGGCCGUUCAUUAAAGACCAGAGUCUGAGCCGUCUGACCCGCCCAUAGCGCCGGUCUGAAGAAGGAAGUGCAGAGGUCGAGCUCUCUGAAUCACUUGCUGCCGGCAUCGAGAGGACAAGGAAUUCAAGAACCCUGUGGGAAAUAAAUGCUCGUUUAAACAACCCCAGCCCUUUGGGAAACUUCCACGUUAAAGUGACUGCAGGAAAGUGAGGACCGCGUGUGAACCGGGAGCGCCUGGGAUAUGGGGAGUAAGGAGAGGUAUCACUGGCAAAGUCACAAUGUCAAACAGAGUGGAGUGGAUGACAUGGUUCUUCUGUCGAAAAUCACUGAGGACGCGAUUGUGGAAAAUCUUAAGAAACGCUACCUGGACGACUAUAUUUUUACCUACAUUGGUACAGUGCUCAUCUCCGUCAACCCCUUCAAACAGAUGCCUUACUUCACCGACAGAGAAGUGGAAAUUUAUCAAGGAGCUGCUCAAUAUGAAAAUCCACCUCACAUUUAUGCUCUUACGGACAAUAUGUACAGGAAUAUGUUGAUCGAUGCAGAGAACCAGUGUGUCAUAAUCAGUGGUGAGAGUGGAGCUGGGAAAACUGUGGCAGCAAAAUAUAUCAUGGGUUACAUCUCCAAAGUAUCGGGAGGAGGAUCAAAGGUUCAGCAUGUAAAAGAUAUCAUCCUACAAUCAAACCCUCUGCUGGAAGCCUUUGGAAAUGCCAAGACUGUGCGGAACAAUAAUUCCAGUCGAUUUGGAAAAUAUGUUGAAAUUCAGUUCAGUCGUGGUGGUGAACCAGAUGGAGGCAAAAUCUCAAACUUUCUGCUGGAGAAGUCCCGAGUUGUGAAUCAGAAUGAGAAUGAGAGGAACUUCCACAUUUACUAUCAGUUGCUGGAAGGUGCAUCCCGGGAGCAGGUCGAAAACCUGGGUAUUGCUGAUCCUACCUAUUACUUCUACCUAAACCAGUCAGGCACCUACAAAGUGGAUGGGACAGAUGACAAGAAAGAGUUCACUGAAACAAUGAAUGCUAUGCAAGUCAUUGGUAUUCCAGCAGAUGUUCAGCUGAUGGUGCUGCAGAUUAUUGCUGGAAUUCUACACCUUGGAAACAUCAGUUUUGUUGAAGUUGGGAAUUACGCUGAAGUGGAGAAUGAAGCUCACUUGGCCUUCCCUGCGUUCCUGCUGGGAAUCGACCAAAUGAAACUGAGGGAGAAGGUGACCAGCAGGAAAAUGGACAGUAAGUGGGGAGGCAAGACGGAGUCCAUCAACAUGACCCUCAACGUAGAACAGGCAGGUUACACCCGGGAUGCCUUGGCCAAAGCUCUCUAUGCACGACUAUUUGACUACUUGGUGGAUGCUGUCAACAAAGCGAUGCAGAAACCAUAUGAGGAAUACAGUAUAGGGGUGCUGGAUAUUUACGGCUUUGAAAUUUUCCAGAGAAAUGGGUUUGAACAGUUCUGCAUUAAUUUUGUAAAUGAGAAGCUUCAACAGAUUUUCAUUGAAUUAACUCUGAAAGCUGAACAGGAGGAGUAUGUACAAGAGGGGAUAAAGUGGACUCCUAUUGAGUACUUCAAUAACAAAGUUGUAUGUGACCUGAUCGAAAACAAGAGUCCACCUGGAAUUAUGUGUGUCCUGGAUGAUGUUUGUGCCACCAUGCAUGCCACAGGAGAAGGGGCAGAUGCAACCUUAUUACAGAAACUCCAGGCUGCAGUCGGAGGCCACGAACAUUUUAACAGCUGGAACCAAGGAUUUAUAAUCCAUCACUACGCCGGAAAGGUAUCCUAUGAUGUAAAUGGAUUUUGUGAGCGCAACAGAGAUGUCCUCUUCACCGAUCUGAUAGAACUAAUGCAAACCAGUGAAUUCCCCUUCAUUCAAACACUGUUUCCAGAAAAUCUACAGAAUGAGAAGAAAGGCAGACCAACUACAGCAAGCAUGAAGAUUAAGAAACAAGCAAAUGACCUGGUAAGCAGGUUAAUGAAGUGUACUCCCCACUACAUUCGCUGCAUAAAGCCUAACGAGACGAAGAAGCCAAAGGACUGGGAGGAGAACAGAGUAAAGCAUCAAGUUGAAUACCUGGGACUGAAAGAAAACAUUCGAGUGCGGCGAGCUGGCUUUGCCUAUAGAAGACCUUUCCCAAAAUUCAUACAGAGGUACGCUAUCCUAACACCAGAGACCUGGCCCCGUUGGCGUGGUGACGAGCGGCAAGGUGCUCAGCACUUGCUUCAUUCUGUCAACAUGGACACCGACCAGUACCAGAUGGGGAGAAGUAAAAUAUUUAUAAAGAAUCCAGAAUCACUUUUCCUUCUGGAGGAGAUGAGAGAACGGAAGUUUGAUCGAUUCGCAAGAACCAUUCAAAAGGCUUGGAGGAAGUAUAUAGCACGGAGAAAGUAUGAACAGAUGAGAGAAGAAGCCUCCAGCAUUCUUUUCAACUUCAAAGAGAGACGACGGAACAGUAUUAACCGAAACUUUGUUGGUGACUACCUUGGCAUUGAAGACAGGCCAGAGCUCCGACAGUUCCUCGGCAAGCGGGAAAGGAUAGAUUUUGCAGACUCUGUCACGAAGUUUGAUCGAAGAUUUAAGGGAAUAAAGCGUGACCUUAUACUAUCUCCAAAGCACAUUUAUCUAAUUGGUCGAGAAAAGGUUAAGAAGGGACCUGAAAAGGGUCAGAUCAAGGAGGUCCUGAAGAGGAAGGUUGAUAUUCAGAACAUCACUGCUGUGUCAAUGAGCACCAGGCAGGAUGAUUUCAUUGUCCUGCAUGAACCAGAAUACGACAGCCUCCUGGAGUCCAUCUUUAAGACUGAAUUCGUUAGUCUUCUGUGCAAACGAACUGAAGAACUCACACGUCAAAAGUUAAAGCUCAACUUCUCUGACUCCAUCCAGUUCAAAAUCAAGAAGGAAGGAUGGGGUGGAGGUGGCACUCGAAAUCUCGUCUUCAGCAGAGGCCAGGGAGAGCUGGUGGUGCUUAAACCUGCUGGAAAAACACUUAACAUAAGUAUUGGAGACGGAUUACCCAAGAAUUCCAAGCCAACAAAGAAAGGUGUUCCAGACAACAGAGGAUUUAAGAAACACUCUCCGGCCAGAGCUGCUCCCCCGGCACCAUCAGGGCUGUGUGGUAAUGGUGGUCCACGAUUCUCACAGGAUUAUCAGAUGAGACAGGAACAAAUGUAUUCCCAACCAAUGAAAGGCCCAGUAAGAUCCAGCGUCAGUUCAGAAAUGCCUUCACUGCCGAAACAGGGUGCUACAACUAAAGCAAGAAUGUCCUCAAACAUCAAUGCUAACAUGGAGUUCAUGAGGGUACCUGAUCAAGGAGUUGCAGGAAUCCAGAGAAGACGGAGUGUAUCACAAAGACCCCAGCCAGGAGUGGGACGCCCAAAACCACAGCCACGGACUCCUAAGUGUCGGGCACUUUACCAGUAUACUGGUCAGGAUGUGGAUGAACUCAGCUUUAAUGUUAAUGAUAUCAUUGAUAUCCUUCUGGAAGAUCCCUCAGGAUGGUGGAAGGGUCGUUUGCAUGGAAGAGAAGGACUUUUUCCAGGAAACUAUGUGGAAAAGAUCUGAACUACUUCAGGCCUGGUCUCAGAUUGUACUGUACUGAAAAUCAGAAGCACAAAAGUACUGAUUAGUUGAUGGUGCAUCAGAAUGUUCACAUAAAUGGGGCCUUUAUUCAAUAACAUCUCUACUCCGAAUAAGUAGAAAUCUGUCCACUAUUAAAUUAGAUCUUAUUUAAUUUGUUCACUCCACAUUUUGCAAUCAUAGUUACCUAUAGAUCCGCUAAAACUGGGGUUCUGUGGGCACAAUUCAUAGUCCGCUUAGUAAACAAACUGAACAAGGGAAUGAAGAUCCUUUUAAAUGAAACCAAUAAUUUUUGUACAAAAUUACAUUUUAUGAUUGAUGGGUUUUAUCAUUUUUAUAAAGAAAAAGAUUGGCUAAAGUUAUCAAGUUUUCAUAAAUUAUUUGUUUAGCUUUCACUUUUUCAAUAGAAGACAAUCAGCCUUAAUCAUUUUUUUAUUAUUCAUUCAAGGGAUGUGGGUUUCACAGGCUGAGCCAGCAUUUACUGCCCAUCCCUAGUUGCCCCUGAGAAGGUGGUGGGGAGCUACCUUCUUGAACCGCUGCAGUCCUUGAGGUGUGGGUGCGCCCACAAUGCUGGUAGGGAGGGAGUUCCAGGAUUUUGACCCAGUGACCAAGCUAGGAUGGGGUGAGGCUUGGAGGCAACUCCCAGGGGGGGUGUUCCCCGUGCUUUUGCUGCCCUUGUCCUUCUAGCUGGUAGAGGUGGUGGGUUUGGAAGGUGCUGUCUGAUGAGCCUUGGUGAGCUGCUGCAGUGUGUCCUGUAGAUGGUCCACACUGCUGCUACUGUGCGUCAGUGGUGGAGUGGGUGACUGGUUGUGGAUGGGGUGCCUGUCAAGCGGGCUGCCAUGGCCUGCAUGGUGUUGAGCUUCUUGAAUGUUUUGAAGCUUCACUCAUCCAGGCAAGUGGAGAGUGUUCCGUCACUGCUGACUUCAGCCUUGUAGGCGGUGGGCAGGCCGUGGGGAGUUCGGAGGUGAGUCACUCACCGCAGGGUUCCUGGCCUCUGACCUGCUCUUGUAGCCACACUGUGUGUUCGCCUACUGCAGUUCAAUCAAAAUGGCUGAAACUGCCACCCUUCAUGUUGGGGACCACUGGAGGAGGCCGAGAUGGACCAUCCACCCAACACCCCUUCUGAAAAUUCUUGCAAAUGCUUCAGCUUUCUCUUUUGCACUGAUGUAUUGGGCUCCCCCAUUGUUGAAAAGGAGAUAUUUGUUGAGCCUGCUUCUCCAGUGAGUUGUUUAAUUGUCCAACUGGAUGUGACAGAACUGCAGAGCUUGGAUGUGAUCGGUUAGUUGUGGGAUCGCUUUGCUCUGUCCAUUGCAUGCUACUAAGUAGCACAGUGCGGGUCUCUCAGUUUGUCCAGAGAAAAGGUACUGUCUGAGAUGGGUUAGCGAUAUUAGUUAUGUUGCACUUACUGGGCAACUUGAAGCCAAUUUAGUAUCAGCACUUUAACAGUUUUUUACUUCUCAGUGGAAGAGAAGAUGUAACAUGAGUUACAAGCAGAAAUAUUGAUAAGCAAUCCAUUUCACUUAAAGAGACUAUUCCUCAGGACCUGAUUCAGUAGACUGUGUUUGUUUAGUGCAUCCUAUUUUUCAUCUAUACACUGCCCUCAACAUCAUCUGGAAACACAAUGCAAACUUCUGCAUGUACGCAGAUGAUGUUCCACUCUACCUCAGUAACACUUCCCCUCACCACACACUGCCUCUGACUUGUUACCCUGCUCGUCCAUCAUCCAGCACUGAAAGAGGAGACACUUAUAGUGGAAGAACAAUUCCUGCCAUAAACAUCUCUCCUCUCGGACAGUCUGAAGCUGAACCAGACUGUUCACAGCCAUGAUGCUUUAUCCCAUCCAAAAAUCUGUCUCCAACCAACUGUCUGCACCAUCACUAAGAGCACUUUGUCCCACUGUGGUAUCAUCGACUCCACUGCUGCCUCAGCUCACUGUUACUGAAACUGUACCCAGACGCCAAUUACCUCGACACCUGUUGUGGCAAGUGGUCAGAUUUAAAAUUCUCUUCCCCACAUACCUUUGCUAUCUCUGCUUCUGCAAACUCCUUCAACCCAGUGCUGGUGUGAAAUUUCUGCACUCCUCCAAAUACUCAUCAGACCCUGGGUACAAACAGGUUCUGUUUACACAAGCGUCCAUCAAUCGAUUUUGUCCAUAAGUCAAGAAAAACUCAAAGUCACUCCAUACAGUAACUGUACCUCCACGAUAUUGUAAUGGAUGGCUUCAAAAGGUUGAUAAGAAAGAACAAUUACUAAAAGCAGAGAAAAAGGGGAAACUAGUUCCGCCCUUUGUAGGCAUAAAUGUUUGUACAUAUGUCAGACUUUUGAAUUUAAUAACGUUAUGGAGGGAUGGCCAUAAGUCAGGUGUUUCUUAACAAGGGGACAGACUGUGUGGCUUCUCAACAUCCCUAUUUUUAAACACGUUCUGCUGCUUAGGCCUAAGCUGAGGAAUUCCUUCCCAAACCUCUGCAUCUGCCUACCUUUAAAACGCUCCUUUAAACCUGCUUCUUUGAUUAAGCUUUUGGUCAUUGGCCUUAAUGUUUCCUUGCAUGGCUGUGUGUCAAGUUUUUGAUUACACUUCUGAGCUUAUACUUUAGCUUUAUUCUGCUAAAGGUGCAUACAAGGUUUCGACCCAAAACAUCAACAAUUCCUUCCCCACCACAGAUCCUGCUUGAGCUGCUGAGUUCAUCCAGCAGAUUGUUUGUUAUUCCCUACUGUUAUACUUGUACCCCUUACAGCAUUCCAUCAGCCAUCCUAAUUACUUGCUGCACCAGGGCCCUUAAUCAUUGGUAUGGAUGGUAAAUAAUUGAAGCCCAAGCACUGAUCACUGUGGCCCCCUGUUAGUUGCUGAUCAUCAGAUGAUCCAUUUGUCCCAACUCUCUAUUUUCCGCUAUCUUCUAUCAAGCUGAUACAUUACUCAAACUCGCAUGCACUUAGUUCAAAGCUUCAAAAGCUUAACUUAUAAAACAAAUUUUAGGCAUGAAAAAAACGUACAAAAAAUAUUUCUCCAAAGACUUUGUUCUGUAUUUCUGUGUCCUUAAAUGCUUGUCUUAUUUGUCUUAGUGGCAAAGCUCUUCUGUAGAUUUUUAUUUGCAAAGUAACCCACAAGUUUAUGAGACUUUAAUGAUUAUCAGUGAAAACACAACUUGUAUUUAUAAAGCUCCUUUUAUAGUAUUAAACUUCCAAGGCACUUACAGAGCAUCACAAGAAGGUAGUGAAUACAAAAAGAUUUGUUUAAAGAGCAGCUUAAAUGGGGAUGUGAAACCUCUAAUUCAUAUUCAACCUACAAAGGAAUAACUUUUCAGGAAUAAGUCAUCAGGAAUAAGACAAAGUGAGUAAAUAUUUGCACUGAAAUCCUAGGAAAGAAUGUCCAGACUUGUUUUAUGAGCUUGCACUUCAGAUUUUUUUUCUGCAUUUACUGAAAUUUGUGGAAAAUUAUGUGUAUGUGACAAAACCUCUGGAAUGAAAUUGAUAUUGGGAGCAAAGCAUUCAGAUUCUGUGUGUUUUAUAUGCAGUAAAACUCUAAUAAUCUGGUUCCUCAGGGUUUUGGUGGUGUCCGACUGGCUGCUUUUUUGAACUAUGGAUGUUGUUCUGAUGAAUUCCCAACACACUUUUAAUUCACAUUUUUAAAUCUUACAGAAUGGUAUGAUAAAAUUUUCAAUUAAAGAGAGUGCAGUAAACAAAACAUGGUGAGUUUAAAGGGUGCAUGGGAAUGAGGCACUGUGACUCUGAAAGAGGCAUGGAAAUGGGGACCUGCUGGAGUUAAGGGGAGUGCCAAAAACAUCACCCUGUGAGCCAGCAGCCAAACCAUCGGGAUUCCUGAACAAUCGGAGAGCAGAUUAUCGGAGUUUUACUAUAACCAUGUACAACUAUAUAUGUAUUUAAGUUAAGAACAUUCACGUGAUUUACAGCAACUAUUUUGAUAUUGCCAUCAUUGUCCCAACUGAAUUUGUUGUUAUCAUUGAGUAUUUCUCUUUCAUGCAACAGCACACAAUGGAUUAUUUUCAGAUCAUUAAAUAUUGGGUCUAAAUAA